GUCGAGGUCGUCGUGCGCAUCGACGAGUCCCACCGCCCGCCCGGUUCCGACAUCCGAAAAGCCUAUCGCGGAAAUAGGAGUGCAUAUUGCGCCGACACGACAUUGACCUGACGCGUGACGGGCUUCGGUAGGCUUCGGGCGCAGGUUGUGCGCAGACCUCGUCGCCUCGCAUGAACGCGUCCGCUUCGACCUCCGUACUCGACGCGCCGCGCUCGAUGGUGCAAGCGCCAAGCAUCGCACCCGCAGCCACCAAGCACGACGCAAGCACGAGUGUCAAGGGCUACGCGACGCCGAGCACAGUCGUACGCAAGACAAAGAAACCCUCGGGUGCAGGUGCGAAACGGCUACCGGGGCCUCUCAAGUCUUCGCGUUUGUGCGCCGAUGAGUCGUGCAAGACCGUGCUCACGCCGGGAUGGAGAUGGAGGAGGUGUCAGACGUGCAGAGGCGGCGGGGUCAAGCGUACAGUGAUUGUCUCCUGCGCUUCGUGUACCACUGCAGUGACAGUGAGCGCAUCUCAAGCCAAUACUGGGGAGCCCACCUUCUGCACUCUGUGUCGCCAGCGCACCCUCGCCGCCCAAGCGGGUAUCAUGCUGCCCCAACCGCCCCCCUUCUUGGUCAUGGGACCGCCUAUGGGCAGGCCAUCUGGUCAACACACGCGCAAACUUGUGCCGAUGGUUGGGACCCCGGUCAAGCAGAGCAGUCUACUGGAAGAAGCUAUGGCUUUCAUCCACCCUGACCAUCGGCGCGCCAUUCGUGCUCGCAAUGGUGCCCCAGACCCUAACUUUCCGCUCCAGUCGCCUGCCCCUGCAUAUACUCCGCUGGUUCGUGAUGCGAGUACUAUAGCGCCGCACUACGGUCCCAGAGGCGAGAUCCUGGCCGUCCUGCCGACUUUUCUGUCACAAUCCCCUGCCACGGGUGCGCACACAACUACAUGGCCGCUCGUUCCCCUUCAAAGUGGCCGGACUCGUGCAGACAGCAUCGUUAUACCAGAUUCCAGCGAUAACCCAUUCAGUGCUCAGAGUACGGACAAAGGGCCCAAUCCGGUGACCAUCACACUGGUAGAAGCCGACUCGAGCAACUCCAAGGGAUUCUCAUCAUCGAAUCCGGCACCUCAUCCUCCUGUGUCCGCGAGCGACCUCGCUGCUCUGAACGCUACACUCCGAAAGAAGAAGCGCAGGCGUACUCUGGCUCCAAAGGCGCCCGGUCCGCCGCAAGAGCGGAUCUGCGCCUCGUCAAGUUGUGGCCGCGCCCUCUCGCCUCAAGACCAGGGGUUUUUCUGCCCUGAUUGCGGCUUUCUUCUGUGGCGCAAGCAGUUCCGUGCGCGCGUCGCGGGACUCGGUGCAACGAUAUCUGCUGAGCCUCCGAAGGUAGACAAGGGAAAGGGCAAGGAGAGAGUGGUCAAACAAGAGCCAGCCGGUAUCACCGGGACACCCGUAGCGGGGUGGACUGCCCCCGAGGCUGUCAUUUCUGCGGAACCGCCUUCUGAUCCAUCCUCAUCGACGUCGAGGCUCCCAGUGCAAUCAACGGAGCGGGAGAGUAUGAAAUCUAAACGUCGCCCACUGACGUUGAAGCUGCCCGCCAUGCGCGCGGUCGGCCCUGGGACGUCAGAGGCGAAACCACGAGUGACCACUACAGUCGCAGCGGUCAGCGACGACUACAUGAGCGAUGACGAGGAAGAACCUUUGUCUGUCACGGUCGCGCGCAAGCGCAGCAUGACCGCCCUCUCCGAAACCGCGGUUCCUGUCCCUCCUACUCCCGAUCCCCCAAAAACAGUAGGCUCAGUCAUCACUCUCCCCCAACCAGUGGUCUCGGUCCCAGUCCUUCCUGAACCAACGCUCACAACCCUUCCACCUUCUGAGCAAGAGACCCUGGUCACCGCUUCUCCAGAGCAAGUUGCUUUGACCGUCCCUCAUCCUGAAAAUGUGGUCCCAACUCCUCUUCCGCCUCUACUCACACAUAGUCCAGAAGAGCAGAAGCCCAUUCUACCCAUCCGUCCACGGAUCAGGCUGAUCCUGCACCCUCCACGUCCUCCCCCUCCGGAAUCAUCUGAGGGCGACGAUGAAUCUUCCUCCGAAGAGUCGUCAUCUUCGAGUUCUUCGCGAUCUGGUGCGGCAUCGCCAUUGACCCUUGAGGCGCUUCAGCGGCGUGCACUACUCGUCUGGGACUCUGACGAGUCCGAGCUCACCCCUAUUGAGGACCUUACCGAUAUGGGCGAGUCCGAGGUCGACCAGUCCGAGAGCGAAGACGAGGUUCCUCCGACGCCUAAGGACAUAGAUCUUGCACCCCAGGCCCCAUGGUCACCCCCGCCGAAGCCCCCGCUGAAGCAUCGCGGGAUCUGCAGCGUCGUGCGGUGUAUGAAUCUGCUUCCAGAGAACACGCGUCUUAAGUUCUGCCAUACGUGCGCGGCGCGUAAACGCGUACUCCUGCGAUAUCGGCGACAUACUGGGGAGGUUGCCCAGGACACGGUGGAGGACGAAGGGAUGGUUAUCAAGAUGCCUCCUGACGGUGAUUUGACCGGCUUCAGGAACUGUAACAAGAAGCACUGUAAACGGCUUAUACCCCCGGAAGCGAAUUAUCGCUGGAAGACGUGCCCGCCGUGUCGGGUGGAUUCUCGCAACCGGGCCCGGUUGAGGCGUGCAGCGCCGCUCGAUCUCCCAGAGGAAGGCGACGAUGAUGAUGAGGAGGACAUACCCCUCGCCUCAAUAAGGGCUCUCCGAAAGCUUGCCUCGCGAGCUAAGGAGGCGGCUGCUCCUGCUCCACUGGCUACCCACAACCCAAAACCACUUGGAAACUCGGGAGAAGGGAAACAACUCCCUGUUGUGCCUGCAUACCAGCAUUUCGCCGCGCUCCUGACCACCUUCCGCGCACGCUUCACCGAGUUCGUCGUCGCUCAGGCGUACUACCUUCGCUUCAAGGCACGCCAGGACCCAGCCAGCUUGGCGAAGGCGCGCCGCAACCCGAUCGUGUUCCGCUUCGACGGCGAGUACUCCAUUGUCGCGGACCCGUCUGGGGGGCUUGUCGACGCCAUCGUACAGUGCGCGGUGCGGAACGUGCAGGCCGCGCUCGGCCUGGAGUUCAGUCCUGUGGCGGUCAACGCAGGACCGGAGAGUUCGGUCAUCGCAGUGCUUCGGUGCAUGUACGGCGACCAGGUCCCUCUGCAGCAGAGCUCGCCUAAGGCAGACGCGAAUGGCGACGGCGAACACCCCGCCGAUGCUAGCGUGCCCGACAAGUUAUCGGUGAGGAUGGUGGGAGAGCUGCAGGUCUACGUCGCGUGGGAUCGGCGGCAUCCGCUCUUCCCCGGACAGCGGGUUAUCGUGCGGUUCCGUCUCGUAGGGUAAGCCUACCGGAUGCGAAAUUAUUGUGUGUAUACUGGACGAUGAGGUGUGUAGGAGGCAUGAGACCCAGUGCUAUGUUAUUCUUGUUAUAGUCGUCGAUACAUGUGUAAACUGUAGUCGUAUCUUACUAGCGGUAAAACCAUUGCUUCUUGAUGUACUGCUACCCGCCUGUCGAGCUUGCGGACGCAACACUGCGUUCUCCUAGAGUCGCCGUCCUCACGUCGCUUCGUCGUCUCAUGCGGGGGCUCCGUCGAAGAAGCGCUCGCUCGGCGUGAAGACCAAUUCGUCGACCAACCCCGCAAGCGCAUCCACAAAGUUCGCUUGCCGCUCGCUCUGCGACACCACCUUCCGCGCUGGAUAGUGCCAGGUGUCGGAAACACGCAGGUCAACAGACAG